UCAAAGAGCAAGUGAAGACUGGGGUUUUACACCUUUCAUGCUCAAACCUGGUAACAAAGCUGCUCUGCUGAUUCAAUGCCUUCAGUGGGGAAAAAAAAAAAAAAAAGGCUGUGCUCUAUUGUCUCCGUAUUGCACUGCCUCUUUAAAAUCAGAAAUGCAUGGACAGCUUCAAGGUGCCUCCCACUGAGAAAAGGCUUUAGAUGCAUGCACAGAGACAGCGAGCCAUCCUCCCCUGAGCUGCAGGGCAAACCUGCUUGGGAGAGAAAUGAUCAUUCAGCGAAGUCCUCUGGCUGCUUUCAGUGAUCCUUUCUCUGCUCCAGUGACACGUUUGCAGGGGAGAAAUGUGGAGGGUAUUCCCAGGGUGCCCGAGACCUCCAAGAAGAUGAGAGCAACUGCAGAAGGAGGUAAAUGAGGCUGUUGCUCUAUAAUCUCAUGGGGACAAAGACAAGGUGACUCACUGCUCAGAAGGAAACUGUGGAUGAGGUCUCUUGCUUGCCACAAUUGUGCCCUGCCACCCUGGGUAAUUCUAACACGAAAUCAAGGGCCAGCCAAGACCCAUGUCAAAUGAAGACACACAUGGCCAUGGAGCAAGCUGAACAUAACCCAAAUGCUACCAUCAACCUCAACUUUGCUCCAAUCUACAAUCUCAACGACGGGGAUUUAACCUCCUUGCGAAACUUCUCCUUCCCUUUCAAUUUCAGUUACAGCGAUUACGACCUGCCACUGGACAGUGAAGAUGACGUGACCAAAACCCGCACUUUCUUUGCAGCCAAGAUUGUGAUCGGGGUGGCUCUGGUUGGCAUCAUGCUGGUUUGUGGCAUCGGCAACUUCAUCUUCAUCGCUGCUCUUGCCCGCUACAAGAAGCUGCGAAACCUCACCAACCUGCUGAUUGCCAACCUAGCCAUCUCAGACUUCAUUGUGGCCAUCGUGUGCUGCCCCUUCGAGAUGGACUACUACGUGGUACGGCAGCUGUCCUGGGAGCAUGGCCACGUCCUCUGUGCCUCAGUCAACUACCUACGGACUGUCUCCCUCUAUGUUUCUACCAAUGCCCUCCUGGCUAUAGCCGUUGACAGGUAUCUGGCCAUUGUUCACCCACUGAAACCACGUAUGAAUUAUCAAACAGCAACCUUCCUAAUCGCUUUGGUCUGGAUCGUCUCCAUACUUGUAGCUAUCCCAUCUGCAUACUUUGCUACCGAAACAGUGUUAUUUAUAGUGAAGAACCAGGAGAAGAUUUUUUGUGGUCAAAUUUGGCCAGUUGACCAGCAGAUGUACUACAAAUCAUACUUCCUCUUCAUCGUUGGCAUUGAAUUUGUUGCACCUGUGAUUACGAUGACCUUGUGUUAUGCCAGGAUCUCUCGGGAGCUUUGGUUUAAAACCGUACCAGGAUUUCAGACCGAACAGAUCAGGAAGAGGCUUCGAUGUAGAAGAAAAACCGUUAUGGUGCUGAUGUGCAUCCUGAUUGCCUAUGUUCUCUGCUGGGCACCCUUCUAUGGCUUAAUAAUUGUCCGUGACUUUUUCCCCACGAUCUUUGUGAAAGAGAAGCAUUAUCUUACUGCUUUUUACAUAGUUGAAUGCAUUGCUAUGAGUAACAGCAUGAUAAACACCCUGUGUUUUGUAACUGUAAAAAAUAACACCAUAAAGUAUUUCAAGAAGAUCAUGUUUCUCAGAUGGAGAUCAACAUAUAAAGGAAGCAAAUCUAGCACAGAUUUAGACCUGAGAACAAGUGCAAUGCCUGUCACAGAGGAAGUAGACUGCAUAAAACUGAAAUAAAUUUUCUGCAGUUUUAAUCUCACAUUUUUUGGAGAGGAGGUAAAGAGGUAAUAAUGCCUCCUCAGAAGCUUCUCCCUUGUCUGUGGGAAUACCCACCAUUGGUGAGAGCCCUCGAAAAGCAGCCUACUAUGCAUUUCCACCAGAACUCUUUUCACUGGACUGCUCUAUAAUCCCGUAACCCAGAUUGAUGCUGUGUUUCAGUUCACCCGUCUGUAAAUUUGGGAUGUAGACACUCAUUUUAGAGUUGUUUAGGGUGAACCAAAAAGCCUACGAAUGCAUUAAAGCAUAUUAAAAUGAUGGAAGAGUUGACUGCUGAUCCAAGCAAUGAUGCCUCUUUGUUUCUUCUUAGAAGGAAACUUGUAACUCCUUUGAGCUUAUUAUUUGUACCUUUAAACUAUUUGGUGUCCUUUUCCUUCUGCUCAUAAGAGGAAUGAUGGCAAAGAAGCCCACAUUGCUUCAUGUCACUUUGUCCUCUCAGUAUACUCCUCAUGAUGAAGCUCCUUGAAGUCUACAGACCACCAGCUUUAUACUGUCCAACAUGCAGCAUGCUCUUAUGAAAGACAGGUUCUCUACUAAGCUAAGUACUGCUUCACAGUCUAGUGAAAACCUCAAGUCUCUUCCUGUGACACCUUGUUUAAAAACAUUUUAUCAGCAUUCCACUCUGUAGUUUUUGUAGAGUGUUACUGUGUUUAUUAUGUAUUUGGAAGUGGCACAGCUGCAUAUCGAAGUGACCUGUUCCCUUCUCUCAUCUCCAGGCACUAUAUGGCCAGCUUUGCUGCCUUGAGUCACUCAGCUCUUCACAGAAUCAAUCCCAGAAUUGUAGAGGUGUGGAACAACAUCUCCUGGUUGCCCAGUCCACCCUUCUGCCCAAAGAGGGUCAGCUAGAACAGGUUCCCCAGCAUUGCAUCCAGUUGGGUUUUGACUGACUCCAGGGACAGAGACUCCACAGCCUCCCUGGACCACCUGUGCCAGUGUUCAACAGCCCUCCCAGGAAAAAAAGUGCUUUCUUUCUGUUCAGAUGGAAUUUUGUGUGUUUCAGCUUGUUUAUCAGUAGGACUCACCCUGCUGAACCAGGUCUAGACAUCUUAUCAAGUCUGUGUACACCUUCAAAAUAAAGUACAAGUAGGGCCAAAAAAGCACAGAGAUCUUGAGACAAUCUGCCCUUCUGCAAGCAAUGGAGACAGACUCUAGGCUUUGGCAAGCCAGUCACUGGUUGAGGUGAGUAAGCUCAUUGUCUGGUCAUAGGUGAAGCAACAACUCAAGAUGAAUUCUGCCUUGCCUCCCCCAGUGCUGUUUUUACUAUUCUGACUUUGUGCAACUCCAGGACUGGUGUUUCUUCAGUGAUAAUUGUGCUAAAGCAGGUAACAGUUGCAGUCAUACCUAUUCAUUUAAACUACGCAUAAGAUAUCACAGACUCUAACAUAUUGAUUGAAAUCAAGUAUUUUCUAUCGUGAUGACAAAUGCUUCCUGUUUUAAAGUAUGUGGUAUCACCUACUUUUGGAGUAAAUGGCUUUUGUAAAUAAUUUAUCUAUUUGUGAAUUUAAAGUGAAGAGCAAAUCCUGCUAAUAAAACAAUAAACAUGGAAUCAAUACCA